AUGGACGACCAAGCUGCUCAUUUAGCUUCUAUUCUUGUGCAACGAUUGCGCUCAACGUCGCCUACAUCGCGCAUUAUCGUCGGUCUAUCGGGUGUGCCGGCGUCUGGCAAGUCAACUCUUGCACAGAUCAUCGUAGAUCGGGUGAACGAGACCUUCCGCGCCGACUCGUCUGUCGAAACGGUGGAUGGAGAGACCAAGCAUAAUAAUGUGGCGGUCCUGAUCGGCCUCGAUGGGUGGCAUAUGACGCGCGCGCAGCUUGAUGCGUUCCCCGACCCCAGACUCGCGCAUGAUCGGCGAGGAGCUCACUGGACGUUCGACGGAGAGUCAUAUGUCCACUUUAUGCGCGCACUUCGUCACCCAUUGCGAACCGCAGAUACAAGCAGCGAGGAGGCGGAUGUGGUCUACGCGCCGUCUUUUGACCACGCCAUCAAGGACCCCACUCCCCGUGCAGUACCAGUCCACCCAUACCAUCGCCUCGUUCUCAUAGAAGGGCUUUACACAUUUCUCGGUAUCCCGCCCUGGCGAGAGGCCGCUGAGAUGCUGGACGAAAGGUGGUGGCUAGAUGUGGGCGAAGCCGAAGCCGAAGAGCGACUGGUUGCACGCCAUGUGAGGAGUGGGAUCGCGAAGGAUCUCGACGAAGCCAAGUGGAGAUCGCGCGAAAAUGAUGCUCCUAACGGUCAAUUCAUCAGGGAAAACAUGCUCAAGCCCACAAGGGUGAUCAAAAGUCUCACGGAUUUAACGCUGAUCACCUCAUGA